AAAAUAAAAUUUGAAAAUACAAUGUGAAAACAGAAAAUAAUUAAACGCCUAUGUGUGUAUGAUUGAACAAACUAUAAAUAUAAAUAUACAUAUAUACACAAGUGUGUCCAAAAGCAAUCCGCCACUGUCAGUGUCAGUGGAAUGGGAAUUGACAUUGGCCACAACAGCGACGAGCGCGCGUAUCCGCAUAGCAAAUUAUAAAAGAAACAAUAAAAAAAAAAUAAUUUCAACGCCUUCGUCUUUUUUAAUUCAUUACACGAACACAUAAACAAAACAAACUACUUUAAUUCCAUUUUAAUUAGUUAAAUAAACACACUCACACAAAUACACAGGAACAUCUUGAGCCGCCACAGACAAGAAAUGCCUUUGUGUUUAACUAUUUUAAUUGUGAUUAAGUGUUGAAUAAACAAUGUCGCCGCGUAUGUGAGCGUAUAUGGAGCACGCGUGCGCUACCGCAGUGGAAAAAUCAAACGUAUUUCUAAGAUAAAACCGCCAACGAUACAGCAACCACCCACCUGUUAACCCACCGACUGUGUUUACAAGUAAAUCAACACAGCUGCUCAUUAUUAGCUAUUCAUUUCUCACAAACACACACACACAGUCGAGAAUAUGGGCUUAAAGGAUAAAAUACGCGUGCUGAAGAAUGGUGCCAGCCCCAUACACAGCCCCGCGCACGUCGCCGCCAGCACACCAACGAAGAGUGUUGAUCUGUUGAAGCCGCAUUCCAGUCGCAAUCUCAUGGCACCUGGUCAGGUCACCGAGCAGACGCUGCAGGUGUGGCGUGCUCUGCCGCCACAAAUACGACACGAUCCGAGCAUGGUGUCCUUUCAAAUGGAAAAUGAGCGUUUGCAUGGUUCCACAGUGGUUACGGAUGAUGAGUCCGGCAAUCCACAUGACUUGGAGUCGAGCUAUGAAGACGAGCACAGUUUUGCAGAUUCCGAAUAUAUCAACAUGAGAAAACUGUCACACGGCCAUAAUACAGGCGAUGAACGAAGUACCGACGGCGAAUGUACACUCUCGGACAUCGAAAACUCGACCAACGAAAAGGCAAAAGCGGUUGUGACCCGUGUAGUGGCUAAACAAAAGUCGAAGGAGCGACGCAAACGUGAACGGUUAAUAAAACGUGGCGGACUUUUAAUAUUUUGGGUAUUUGCAGCGGUUGUGCUAAUGAUAUUCGAAGAGAAGCAUUUGUUCGAGAAGACACUGGAAGUGCCGUGGAAUAAAACGAAAAACUUUGUGCUGCCCAAGAAUCCCACCGGCGAUUUCAAGCUCAAAAUCUUCGGCACAUUCAACGAGACCAUGCGCAUGUAUCAGCAUGACGAUGCUGGCAAAUUUCUAUUCGUUCAGCCACAGUUGUCGUAUUAUGACAAAAUAAACAACAGACAGGAUUACAAGAACAUUUUACAGCCUUGGCUCAUACCGAUAGUUUCGGAAACACUCUUUGAGGUGGCGCCUGUUGUUUGGCGCAAUCAGACCUACGAAAUGCCGGCCAAUGUUUUGGGUAAUCUACAAAAACCGGGUGUGACAAUGCGGCUCAGCAUGUACACCAAUGCUGAGAAGGAUUUCGCUGUCGAGUUGGUCUACAAUCCGCUGAUUAUUAAUAAAAAGAUUGGCACACUACUCGCGGCGGGCAUAUUACUGAUCUUCUAUGCGUUGCUCGUGUGGGAGGUUUUCCAACGCACCUUUGUGGCCAUUGUCUGUUCCAUACUCUCUGUCGCGGUGUUGGCUUGUUUCGACGAUCGUCCAAAUAUGGAUGAGAUCAUCGAAUGGAUGGAUAUGGAAAUGUUGACAUUACUGUUCUGUAUGAUGAUCAUUGUGGGCAUUCUGGCGGAGACCGGUGUCUUUGACUAUAUAGCAGUGUUGGCUUUCGAAAUUUCGGGCGGUAAAAUUUGGCCUAUGAUAUAUUUUCUUUGCUUUAUAACAUGUUUUGUAUCGAGUUUUCUCGAUAACGUGACAACUGUUAUUUUGAUGACACCAGUGGCCAUACGAUUAUGCGAAGUGAUGAGUUUGGAUCCAGUGCCGGUGCUACUCGGUAUCAUAGUGCAAUCGAAUAUUGGUGGCUCGCUAACACCCAUUGGUGAUCCAAUUUCGAUCAUUAUUUGUUCGAAUCACUUUUUUACCAAAAAUGGCAUUACUUUCACCAAAUUCGUCGCUCACACCCUACCCGGCGUCAUUCUGGUCACCAUACAGAGUUGCAUGCAUUUGCGUUUCGUCUUUCGCGACCCACAAUCGUUGCGUCUCAACGAACCGAAAGAGUUUAAGGAUCUACGACGCGAAAUCAAAGUUUGGCAACGUGCCGCCAAUUCACUCUCCUCCUAUUCCAAGGAUGCCGACCUCGUACGCGCCACAUUGCACAAGAAAGUGAAACUGCUGAAACGUACGCUGCGCCGCAAGCAACGUGGUCUGGACUCGAACGACGCCUACACACAUACACUGCAGGAACUCAAACUCAAGUAUCCCAUCAAACAUAAAAUGCUUUUGUUGCAAGCCUGUGCGGCGCUGACAUUCGUGCUCGUCUGCUUCUUCGUGCAGUCGGUGCCGAAAUGGCGCACGUUACCGCUAGGCUGGCUGGCGCUGCUCGGUGUUAUUGCAUUGUUGAUUGUUUUGAAUCGUGACGAUAUGGAGCAUCUGUUGCAUCGCAUCGAAUGGACGACUUUGCUAUUUUUCGCCGCCAUGUUUGUCAUGAUGGAAUGCGUGGAGCGUUUGGGCCUCUUCGCUUGUAUUGGUGAAUUAACGAAAAGGAUUAUAUUAUUUGUCGACGAACGACAUCGUCUGGCCAUGGCUAUAUUCAUUAUAUUAUGGAUAUCGGCGUUGGCGUCGGCGGUGCUAGACAGCAUACCAGUGACCGCUAUGAUGGUGCGUGUGGUAGUAUCGUUGGUGAGCAGGGAGACUUUAGGUCUGCCGUUGGAGCCGCUGGUGUGGGCGCUAACAUUCGGCUCAAGUUUGGGAGGAAAUGGCACUUUGUAUGGCGCCUCCUCUAAUGUGGUCUCGGCCGGCAUUGCCGAACAACAUGGUUAUAAAAUAACAUUCACACGCUACUUGAAAGUUGUUUUUCCACUGAUGCUGGGACAAAUCGUUAUCAUCACCGCCUAUCUCAUAUGGGCGCACAUUGUCUUCGAAUGGCAUAGCGAGUAGUCGCUACUGGCGCUUUCUAGCCAAGCUCGAAGUUUACCAGCAUUCAAUUCAAGGCUAUUAGCUCCUAAGCAAUUAGUUAUAUACACGUACACAUACAUACAUAAAUAAAUAUAUUAUAUUAUACCUAUGUAUAUAGGCUUAAGCAUAAACUAUCUCUAUCAAGUAUUUUUAUUGAAAAUGCUUUACAAGCGUUUGCGUGCUCAUUCAAUUUUAGUAAGCAGAUUUUUUCGCUUUUAGAAAUUUUAACCGAACUCUAAGCUGAAUUUACAUAUAUACAUACGUACAUAUGUGUAUUAUAUUACAAUAUGUUUGUUCUAUUAUAUAUGACUUUAUAUGAUUUUAUUGACUACAAAUAAGUAUACCAUAUAUUGUAUAAUCUCUCUUCCUACUACAAGUAGGGAAAACUAAAGCAAAUGUUAACAACUUUUUGAUUGUGAUUUUAUUGAAAAAGUUGUUAAGAAUAUCUUAAUCUGCACUUUAAAUAAAUAUGCAUAUUUAUCUUAUUGUGA